AUGCACGGUACACUCACACUUUACCUCUUGGCCAUGCUGCUGGGCCAGGGGUGCCUCAUCCUUGGUGAGCUUAUCUCCAAGAAUGACUUGAGCGCCUUCCUUGCCAGCCGCGAAGAUUUGUCGAUAUUCUUCGAACUCAUCAAGACUUACCCGAGAGGCCUCGACGGGGUUCCCUCCAUGGCGGCCACCUUCCUGAUACCCGACAACCAAGCAUUUGACAAGCUUACAGGCUGGAAUUUCUACAACGAAACCCAAGCAAUCGAUACUAUCCGAUAUCACAUUUUCCCAGACAUUGUGCCUGUCAGCACCACCCACACUGGUAUUCCCGUGUUCGCCCGGACCCUGCAGUCAGACGAGGAGGUGGUCUUCACCUCUGGAGCUGACAGACGCUCCACGCUUCUGAAGGGAGAUAUCAAGAUUGCCGACGGGCUGAUACAGAUCAUCGACACUGUGAUGAUGCCGCCUCCAGACUUGGAACAGAUAUGCAGCGAAUAUACACCACUCAGCGCUUUCCUGGGUGCGCUAUACCGGACCAACCUGGCCGAGGAAAUCAUCACGUCCAAGGAAGUCACCAUCUUCGCACCCAACGAUGCAGCAUUCCAGCGCACGGCUGGGGCCCUUUCCAACCUGUCGACACCGGAGCUCGCGGAAGUGUUAAAGUUCCAUGUCGUGCCAGGCGCUGUGCUCUACAGCACCGACCUCCUCAACGACACUACUUUGACAACUCUAAAUGGGGAGAAAAUCACCGGUCCGUACCUGUAUCCUUUGACGGACGCUUUUCUCUUCUGUUUAGCAUACUCUUCAUUGUAUAACUUGGCUUCCAAGGCAAUUUACUAA